AUGACGAAGAAGAAGCGUCACUCGUACACGGCAACAGAGAAGCUUCACUGGCUGAAGAUGCAAGAGCUUCAGCCAGACCUUUCCAACCGCAAGCUGGCGCGGAUGGCGAACGUGCAGCAGUGCCAGAUCCGAGAGUGGAAGAAGCUCGCUGAGAGGCUCAAGGUUUCCGCGGGUUGUCGCUGUCGCCUCGCCGGUGGUGGCCGCAAGGCCAAAUAUCCGCCCAUGGAACGCAUCGUGGUGCGCGCCCAGGCCAAGGGAUGGAAGGACGAGUCCUUGGUCCAGGACUGGACCACUCAGGUCCUCGUCCCCUUCCUGCGUCCUUUGCGAGAUGGAGGGGGUCGGCGCAAGGAGGCUCUCUUGACGCUGGACUCCUAUCGUGGUCACCUCACGGAAUCCGUGCCAGAGGAGCUCGUCAGGAAGGCGUUCUUGACGUGCAACAUCUCCAACGCGCUGAACGGCGACCAGGACCACCUCAUCCUUGCACACUUGCGGGACAAGGUGGAUAUCGACGUCCUGGAGGACGUGCAGGAGGAGGAGGAGGACGUGACUCAUCCCAACCCCUUCUACGAGGACCCUGAGGAGGUCGCGGCGCGAGCCAGCCCCCAGACUGCAGCGGAGCAGGAGGUGCAUGCCGACAGGAGCUUGACUAACGAGGAGGACAACACUGACAAGGAGGAUAACGAUGACGACGAUAUGGCAGACCAAUACUACGUUGACGAGGCAGAUGAGGGAGCAGAGGGAGCAGAUUCUGACCUGGAGGAUGAGUGGUGGGCUCCUGGCCGCUAUGAAGGGGAGGAGGUUGAAGAGUGGGUUGCAGGGGCUGAUGAUAGCUAG